CUUCUCUUUUCUUACUUGCAUUUUUUAGUGUUGCUUGUGUGCCUUUUCUAGUUCCUCGUCCUUAGCUAUGAAUUGAACGGAACAGAGAAAAAGAAUGUACGCAUUACCCAAUCAACCCUAAUUUUUUGAGGAACAUGGGUCAGUAGUUGUGGAUUAUUCUAUUGAUUACGUGGUUUUUGUAUUUUUAAGUUUUUUUUUUUCUCCCAGCUGAUUUUUCUUUUCACUCUUUACCAGGUUUCGAUAAACCUUUUGAUCAUUCUGCCGCGUUGAAAUUCUCUAGCAUUUUGAUAAUUAUAAACCCUUGUUGGCUUUGGAACUUAAUUUAUCUUUUGGGUUUUUAAUUGUUCGUCUAUUGACUGUCUUUGCUUAAUGAAUUAAUUUCUUUCUUUUCACUUUAAUGUAAUCAAUUGCAAAACUUUUGUUGAUUACUCAUAUUUGAAAAUGGGAUUUAAGUAAGCUCAAUGUUUAUUGCCGUGUGCAUGUAUGCUUUUGCCGUGAAAUGUUGGGAUAUUAUUAUUGCCAAACCAUCAAAAUUACAUGUUGGCCUAUCAGCAGAUUCCCCAUGAUGUUGAUUUGCCAAACAGAGUACCCUGUGGAUAAUUUGCUAACAGACUGAACUAUAGAAACUGAAAUGAUAUCUGAAUUCAGAAAAUAGAAUUCAAUAUCUAUUAUAGUGAAAUGGGGUAGAAAUAACUUGAGCCAGUGAGAAUCUUAUCAUUUCUUCCAGUUCUUUCUUAUAAGUCAUAUGCUGUUGCUUAUUUCUUGGAGUAAAAGAGGCAUGGUUCGUAUCUUAGUUAUGGUGAUUUCUGAUAUUCCUAUGGGCCGUUCCCUUUUGUCUUUUGUUAUCUGCUUGAGUUAAUUCUCAGCAUCAACAGGUUCGGAUUAUUACCAAACUUAUGAAUGUAUUAUGAUGAAGAAACAUCAGGUACCCAAUCUAUUUGAGGUGCAUGCAGACAUAAAACCAUAAGCACAGAAGCAUAUCUUCGUAGAUCAUGACAAGUUCCCACCAAGAUCAUCCUGUGUUCUGAUUUUUGAAAAAGAGACAAAUAAUGGUUCAGAAAGCCAAUCUAGUUAUUAUUGGCAUCUCAGUUGGUUUGGCUGUUGGCAUACUUGUAGCAUCUCUUGUAUUUUUUGCCAUUUGUUGGUGCAAGAAACGUGCUCAUCUGCGCUCCGUAGCUACCCUUCCGAUACAAACUAAUGGAUUAGGUACAAUCGUUGAGUCCAUUGCAUCUCUCCCAAAUUCUGUAACUGUUAAGGAAUCAGAGUAUCUUGCCAAGAAACCUCGAUACUCCUGGUGGAAUAAUCUUCGAAAAGAUCAAUUUGUUUCAACAUCUGGAAUACCAAGAUACUCUUACAAAGACGUUCAGAAGGCAACACAGAACUUCACAACUAUUCUGGGACAAGGUUCAUUUGGCCCAGUGUAUAAAGCUACAAUGCCUGCUGGUGAAGUGGUUGCUGUAAAAGUUCUUGACUCUGGUUCUAAACAAGGAGAAAAGGAGUUCCACACAGAGGUUUCUCUGCUAGCUAGGCUGCAUCAUCGGAACUUGGUGAAUUUAGUGGGAUAUUGCAUAGAUAAAGGACAACACAUGUUAGUUUAUGAGUACAUGAGCAAUGGAAGCUUGGAGAAUCUUUUAUAUAAUAAAAAGUUGCAAAUUUUGAGUUGGGAAGAACGACUACAGAUAGCACUAGACAUCUCCCAUGGGAUUGCUUAUCUUCAUGAUGGGGCUGUCCCUCCGGUGAUGCAUCGAGAUUUGAAGACAGCGAAUAUAUUGCUGGAUCAUUCUAUGAGAGCCAAGGUUGCUGAUUUUGGUUUGUCAAAGGAAGAGGUUAUUGACAGCCACUGCUCAGGCCUUAAAGGUACAUAUGGGUAUAUAGAUCCCGUGUAUAUAUCUACAAACAAGUUCACAACAAAGAGUGAUGUCUACAGCUUCGGUGUUAUCCUUUUUGAACUCAUCACGGGAAUCCACCCAAACCGGAAUUUAAUGGAAUAUGUCAAUCUUUCAACUUUGAGUCCAGAUGGUGUGGAAGAAAUACUCGACACAAGGCUUGUUGGAACAUGCAACCCGGAAGAAGUGAAGAGUUUAGCCAGAAUUGCUCACCAGUGCUUGCACAAAACGCCCAGAAAACGACCUUCAAUAGAAGUAGUUUCACAGGCUAUUUUAAAGAUAAAAGAGAGGCGCCUCAUCAAAGAAAUUAAUAUGUCUUUUGCUGAAGAUUUUAAGGAAGCCAUGAGCCGGAUAGAAUAUCAAGAACUGGAAUUGAAAAGACUGGCCAGAAUCGACGAAGGGCUAAUUGUAUGAUACUCUCAUGCUCCUGGGGAGAUGCUCAAGAAUUUUGGUGCAGAUUUGAUACUGAGAAAUAUAUGAGCUAUUGAUUUGCUGCCAUAAAAUUUUUGUAUUCUAGAUUCUAAAAUUCAAUGCAAGCUAGUGGCUGGACCCUGAAGUAAAUGGUAUUUUGCAUAUUUCUUUUUCUUCUCGAGUUGAGGACCAAAUAUGUAUAAUGGUUCCACUUGAAAAUUGUCUGUCCAGUAGUAGUAUUAGUAUAAUACCUUAAGUUCCUCCUCCUUCA